AUGGGGACCUCAGGAUCAGCAGUACAGACCAGCCCAACAAUAGUACAAUACCAAUCCGGGGGGAGCAUGACCGCAGGGACAAGUUGUGCCCUAUCAAAGGACCUGUCUACUGUAACUCUGACUCAAACUUGUAGUACGGUAGUGACAAGACCUAUGGCUGAAAAGUUGUCUGAUCCCGAUAGUUUCACUAACCCAUGCACAAUUGGAAGUUAUGCUUUUUCUAAAGCAUUGUGUGACUUGGGGGCCAGUAUUAACUUGAUGCCUUUGGUUGACGAAGAAAUACCCUUAAUUUUGGGAAGGCCAAGUUUAGCUACGGGUAGAGCAUUGAUUGACUGUGAGAUCAGAGAGUUGAAAAUAAGGUUGAACAAUGAAGAAAUAAUAUUCAACGUUCAACAAUCUAUGAAGAGGCCCGGCGAAUUUGCAAAUUGUUCGCUAGUGGAGGCAGUUGAUGUGAUACUAUAA